AGAGUUAGUCUCAUCAAAAAAACAAUCUGCUAUGACGAUCGCAAAUUUCUGCUUUCUGCUGCUACUUCUACCAUUACCAUUUUCCCUUUCAGAUAACGCCUUCACUUCUCAACCUUCAAUCGGACGAAAUCUCCUCCAGGAUAAGAAAUCAUGCCCAUUAAGCUUCCAGACCAUGAACUACACAAUCAUCACCAGCCGUUGCAAAGGACCAAAAUACCCUCCAAAUCUCUGCUGUCAAGCUUUCAAAGACUUCGCUUGUCCUUACGCUGACGAAUUAAACGACUUAUCAAACUAUUGUUCAACACAAAUGUUCAGCUACAUCAACCUCUAUGGAAGUUAUCCACCUGGCAUUUUCUCCAACUUAUGUCACGACAACAAAGCUGGGCUUGUCUGCGACGCAGUUCCACCACAAGAUUCUACUUCCAACAACAUCUCCCAUCAUUUCUCACUUCUGCUAAUUCUAGUUACACAUUUAUUCCUAAUCAUGUUUCUCCCGUGA